AUGAGCACCGGCAACCCCAACCAUCCCAAUGGCAAUGUCAAGCUUGAUUUGGCACUUGACGAUAUCAUUAAAUCCGGUCGCCCUCAAAAGGGCUCCUCUACCGUUCCUCGCGCCGAAAAGAGCAGGAAAUGGGAGCAUGACAUGUUUUCUCGUAAAAAGCGGGACCAUCAACAUCGCAGGGAUCGCCAUCAUCGAGGGCCAGAGAAAAGACACGCAACCAAUUGGGGAUAUUUAAUUAAAAUAUCCAAUUUGCAUUGGGAAGUCACCAAAGACGAUGUCAAAGUGAGCCCAAUUUUAUUUACCGCUAGAAAUUUUUGGAAUCGCUCCAGGACUGCCCGCCCUUGGGCCAGAUUUCAAUAA